CCUGGAACGUCGCAUGUCAACCCUGGGAACGACUUGAAGGCCCGCGUGUCGAACAAACGCAACCACCACCACGAUGCGGACCUUUGCAGCUCUGACAGGCCUGCUGGCCUACUGCGCGACGGCGGUCUCGGCGACGGCCCUCACAUACCGCAUGGAGCCCCACGAGCGGGCUUGCUUCUUUACCAAUGUCGAGACCAAGGGCACCAAGGUGGCCUUCUACUUCGCCGUCCAAUCCGGCGGCUCCUUUGACGUCGACUACGCAGUUACCGGCCCCGGCGACAGGGUGAUAUUGGACGGCACCAAGGAGCGCCAGGGCGACUUCGUGUUCACGGCCAACGACGAGGGCGAGUAUCGCUUCUGCUUCAACAACGAGAUGAGCACUUUCGCCGAAAAGACGGUGGACUUCGAGAUCGCGGUCGAGAACGAGGUCCGCGCGCAGCUGCCGAGCAAGCAGGGAGCCGGAACGGAGCAGACGAGCGUGCUCGAGGAGAGCAUCCUCAAGUUGAGCGCCCAAUUGAGCACCAUCAGCAGGAACCAGAAGUACUUCAGGACCAGGGAGAACCGGAAUUUCAGCACUGUGAAGAGCACCGAGAAGCGGAUCUUCAACUUCAGCAUGAUGGAGGUGGGGUUGAUGGUUACCAUGGCCGGGCUGCAGGUCUUCAUCGUGCGCUUCUUCUUCCAGGGCGCGCGAAAAGGUUACGUAUGAGCGAGCACAUGCAAGGCGGCACAAGACGACAGUAUUCGUAUGGCAUCGGAGAAAAAGAGCGAGGGCUUGCGCGCUGGGACAGGCCUCCUCAGGGGCGUAUGGAGGGUCCAGGUCAAUUGUGUAUCAUCAUAGCGGCAUUUGUUUGGGAUACGGAGUCAAGACAGGAUCGAUUAACGAGAUAUCAUCUGAGCUUCUGCAUGCUUUACGGCACUCAGUCUUGCGUUUUCGUCAAAAGCUAGCUUGGGGUAACUCAGGAUAUCAAAACUUUGGAC